CCGGCUGCCCGGCCGCCCGUCCCCUCCGCUGGGCGAGCGGGGCACUGCGCGCUGCCCCAGCCGAUGGCGCGGCCCCGGCCAUGCGAUCGGUCCUUGCGCGGCGCCUUGCGCCGGCCCUUUUCAAGGGUAGCCUGUAAAUUCUUUGUCUGGGAUAUCUGGGACUUCAGGGGAACCAAGAAAUACACGAAAAGACGUGGCAACUCGCGCAACCUGUGCAAGCAGUGAGGACGGUUUGGUGCAGUGAUUUUGCCCCGUGUGAAAUACACAGGACUGGUUGGUACUUUCAGCAGUAAUUGUUAAGAGCGUUGCCGUUUUGUCCUGUUACGACAGCAGUAUGGAGAGCUGACAUAUUUUGUUGUCCAAGUGUGCCGCAAGACAAAGCCACGGAGGAGGCGGAGGUCCGUGCACUUGUUUGCAUUGAUGGUGCGGGCGCAGCAGCCUCAUCGCAGCCUGGUAGAAUAUCCUUUUUGUGGCACUGGCACUGGUGAAGGACAGUCGAAGUGAUUGUGAACACUUUGGGAAAGAUUGGAAGAAAGCUGCUUCUCUCAGGAAGGUGAAUGGGUCUUCAGGAGCAGAGUUGCUAAAACUGGCAGAAAAUGGCGUAUCGAAGAGAUGAAAUGUGGUCUGAAGGGCGAUAUGACUAUGAGAGAGUUCCAAGAGAUCGUCUCCCUCCAAGGAUUCAUGGUGAUGGAGAUUACCAUAGAAUAGUAAAUGUUUUACCCAAGAAGCCACCACUGCUUGAGAGACCUGGGGAUGGGAAUUACAGUCGGUAUGAUGAUUACAGUCAUGCUGAGUACAGAGACUAUGAAGAGGGUCGUAGUUUUGCCCAUGACCGAAGAAGUGGCCCUCCACACCGAGGUGUACGUAAGGAUGAAUCAGGAUACAGAUGGGCAAGGGAUGAUCAUCCGACAAGUCGGCAGCCUGAAUACAGGGACGUCAGAGAUGGCUUCAGGAGAAAAAGCUUCUACCCUUCUCAUUAUGUGAGAGAGCGAUCCCCUCAUAAGAGGGACUCUCCUUUCUUCAGGGAAUCACCAGGGAGCCGAAGGGAUUCUCCGCACAGCAGAUCUGGCUCUAGUGUCAGCAGCAGGAGCUACUCUCCUGACAGAAGCAAAGCUUAUCCUUUCCACCAGCAUAGCAGAAGUAUGUCAUCUUUACAUAAAAGAAAUAUUUCUUCUCAGCCAGGUAAAGAGAGAACACUGAGAACAUCAAGAGAUGCAUCACCUUCGGGGUCCACAGCAGUACCCUCAUCAAAGGCCUUGGAGAAGAGCAACAGACUAUCAGAAAAGGAACUUGCAGAAGCUGCGAGCAAGUGGGCAGCUGAAAAGUCAGAGAAGGCUGAGGAAAGCAAUUUACCUGAAAUAACAGAGUAUGAUGCUGGAUCUGCAGCUCCAUUAUAUGUCGAACAAGCAGGGGAAACAGAAGCCAACAUAACAGAUACCACAGAACUCUAUGAGGAUGGCCAGCUUCUUGGUCGCUCAAAAGCAAUUGCAACUAAGACAAAGGAGAUUGAACAGGUCUACAGACAAGACUGUGAAACCUUUGGCAUGGUAGUGAAGAUGCUAAUUGAUAAAGAUCCAUCAUUAGAGAACUCCAUUCAGUUUGCCCUGAGGCAGAAUUUGCAUGAAAUAGGUGAGCGAUGCAUUGAAGAACUCAAACAUUUCAUUGCUGAGUAUGAUGCUGCCAAUCAAGAUCUCUCAGAAUCCUUCAAAGAGGGCUCCUACUAAGGAGUAUGUAAAUCUGCUUUUGCAGGGAAAGAGGAGAUAUGUUGUUGGAGAUAUGAACCCAAGGCUGUGCUCCUUUGAGGUAGCUCAGGUGGCUGUUCCCUUGUUCACUGUAGUCUCCACAAUUGUAUUGUUCC